AUUAAAAUUCGGCGGACUCCGUUUAUCAACGGUUCUCAAACAUAUGAACUCUAUUGACAUAAAUCAUAAAUUUCUUAUAUAAUAAAUUAUGACUGAGGCAUGAAGCUGAAUAUCAUCUCUGAAAUAAUCAAAGAACAUCAUUAUCAUUUAGAUCUUGAGAAGCCAUCAACUUAGCCAAAGAUUUGCCAAAUUUCAAAUAAAAAUUAUAUGUAAAUUUUAUUAUAUUAAUUUCAAUUAAUGAAAGACUGAUUAAUGAAGUGAAAAAAAUAAACCUGAACAAAGUCUUUCCGAAAAUUUGAACAUAUAAACCUUAUGUGAAAAAAAAAAAAAAAAAAAAACAGAUUAUUUGAUGGAUGAAAAAAAAUCCAUUAGUUUCCUCAAAAGUAUUAAAAAGAAGUUAUCUGUAAAAAACUUUUAUAAGUUUAGAAAGAAGAAUACAGUAAAAGAGCCUCAUGAAUCAGAUGCAGGAACGAGUGAUGCCGAUUUGAAGGAAAUAAAUGCUCCAAGCCAUGAAAUAUUUUCUGGGCUUAAAGAAGAUUGUCUCAGUAUAAAUGAUUCUGUAGACUUGAAAUUAUCUGAACGCAUUUCACAAUCUGAAGAUGCUGUCGAUUUUGAAAAUCAACGCAAUGCCGAUCAUUCUAAAAUAGAGACUAUGUGCAACUCAAAAGAAUCAAUACAUAUCAAUACUAAUAACAUAACGACAGUUCAUACUAAUAAUAACUUUAGCAGAGAAGAAAAUAAUUUAGAUGAACCACAUGUUAUUAAUGAAGAAUCGAGUCAAUCGACUUUAUCACUAGAAUUGCUAAAGUUGAGUAAAUAUGGAUGGUAUUGGGGGCCUAUGUCUGGUGAACAGGCUGAUGCUCAAUUACUUUCGGAACCAGAUGGUGCUUUUUUAAUUCGAGAUUCAUCUGAUGAUAGGCAUUUAUUAACGUUAAGUUUUAAAUCCGCCGGGAAAUUAUUGCACGCACGAAUCGAGCACAGUGGUGGGAUGUUUUCGCUCUGUAACCAAGGCGAAAGUGGUAGAUUUUCCUCGAUACCAGCUCUUGUCGAUCAUUCAAUGAGUUUCAGUAAAUAUUCGGUAUUUUGUUAUUCACGACCUAGGCAUCCAGGUCAUCCGGCAUUUCCUGUUCGACUCACGAAACCUGUCAGCCGUUUCACACAAAUCCGAAGUUUACAAUAUUUAUGCCGUUUUGUUAUUCGACAAAAUACUAGACGGGAUAAUAUUCAUAAACUUCCUUUACCAGAAGUCAUCAAAAGAUAUGUUGAAGAAGAUUAUUAUUAAAAAAAUUUAUUAAUUAUAAAAUAAUUCAUUAUAUACUUAUGUAAUAAACAUAAAAGUUGAUCAUUUACAGAAAAUUGGAGAUGAAAAAAAAAUUUUUUUAAGAAAACCGAUUCGUAUAUAUGUAUUUAUUUCUUUUUAAUGUCACCAGCAAUUACUUACAGUAAAAAGUUAAUAAGAUAUAUAUUUUUUUACGAUUUUAUCUGAUGAUAGCUAUUCAUUAAUUGCCUUUAAUUAAACCUUAUUUCUUCUACUGACAAAAUUUUGCAUCUUCGAGCGUAUUGCGAACGCAGUAAUAAUAAUAAUAAUAAUAAUAAUAAUAAUUGAAGAGUUCAGUAAUUCAAAGCCAACUUUCCCGAUCCAAAUUGAUGGUACCUAGACUAAUUUAAUUUUCAUUAAAUGUUGGCUUUGAAUUACUGAACUCUUCAAUUAGUGAAAUCACCAAUCUUCGGAAAUAAUAAUAAUAAUUAUUAUUAUUAUUAUAUUACGAAAAUUUUUUUUGUUUAUAGUUUGAACUACAGUUAAAUGUCCGACAAAUAAAAUCGAUUUAAAAUUUAAAGUUAUAAAAAGUUUUAUUUUUAAUAUCUCUUAUUAUACAAAAGGAUUAAAAAUGAUUUUACAUCUAAAACGCCCAUGAGAGAUAGUACUGAAAAGGAUUUUGAGGAUUAGAAAGUAUUCGAAAUGAUUAAAAAUCAAAUUCUUUUUAAUCCUUUUGUUUAAUAAAGAAUGUUUAUGAAACAUCAGUUUUUCUUUUAAAGACUGGCGAGUCAAAUAUUUUUUGGUCAUUUAUGCAUGGUUUUGAGCUGUACUGCCUACUAAGUAUAAGUCUUUUUGACAUAUUAAUUUCUAAUUUUGUACCUGAAAGAUCUUCUUCUCUCUUUUGACUUGGAAUAUAUCUUAGUAGUAGUAUAGUUAAUAAAUCAAAUGUAAUCAUAAAUCAAAUGUAACCAUAUCAUUAGAUAUGGUAUUAAUAAUAAAAUAUUUUCUUAGAUGUACAUUUAACUGUAAAAACAUGUUGUCAAGUGCAUACUUUGGUGAUACUGUAAAAAUUAAGAUAUAGUAUUAACAAUAGAGUAACUCAAAUACAUUUAAGAAACAAAUAAUCGUGGAAGAAUUUCUUAACGUAAAUUUAUUCGUAUUGUUUAAAUUAAAAUAAAAUGUUUAUCGAUAAA